AUGUUCCGCUCGGCCAAAUACUCCGUCCGUCUGAAGUCUCGGCCAAAGUCCAAAACCGACCGGCCGAUCACGCAUCACGACCCGGGAAACAUUGCCCGCGGUCGGCCACGCCACAACCGCCACGCCCGCCGCGCACGACCAUGCCGCGCGAGCCGGGAAGUAACGCCUCGCGGCCGCGCAACCCGUUCGCGUACCACGGCCGAUGCAUCCGUCCGAGCCGGGGCCGAAGAUUGUCCCCACGACCGGCCGAGAACCAUCGGCCACGAAUCUCUAUCCCGGGACCGUCUUUUUGAAGCCCAUUUCAUAUUUUCAAGGCCCGGCUUAACCCUAAGCCGCCUCUAG